GGUGGAGUUUUGGGACAAGCCUGCCAUCCUUUGACAAAGUCUCUGGUUCACUGGAGCGCUGCCUGCCCGAAUACUCCAACUCUUGAGUGUGCUUACUGUGGAGCUCUACGACCGUAUAGCAGACGCCUCUCUGGAUCUCGACCUGUUCACCUAGCCCCUCCCAGGUCAGAAGCAGCGACCCCACUAAGGUGAUCUCAUCAUACAGAAACUGAUGACUGAGCUAGAACUCCACCACUCAGCCACCAACACGACCUUACCCCAGAUCGGAAGCCCCCGGUCUCUCUUCCCUUGACACCCCAAUGCUAUCUCCAGCCUAGGAAAGUGAGCGAGUGAGUGUGUGUGUACACGCGCGAGUGGACGGGUGGGUGGGCGGUGGGGGACUAGAUCUUCAGGUAAAAAGAACUGCAGAAAAUUCAGAAGCAGUCUGGACGGAGGAGAGGGGAUCAUGGUUUCUCCCCACUGCUCCCCGUGGGAAAGACCGUUAUCAGGAUGUUCACGAGUUUUGCAUCAACCCCUCCUCUUUUCUUGAACUUGCCUUUACAGAAACAAUGUUGCUCUCUUUGUCUUUGUCCUGGACUAUCUGAUGCAUUCAGUCUCCUCAAGAAGGUAAAACAAUUUAAUAGACAAUGUCAGGGCACAGUAAUGCAAAAGUAUGCAAAUCGAUGCCGAGGUAUGCAUAUAGCUGUGAAAUGCCUGGGAGCCUGGGGCUCCGCCCCCCCUCCGGUUUUAUCCUUGUUCUUAGCCUCCUGCAAGAACUAGUAGAUUAGAGCGUCUGAAGCAGGACUCCGGUUCAAGACUCGGCACCUUGUCCCCUGGCUUCUCGGCUGCCAAACGGGCGGCCGCGGGGUAAAGGGGUGGACGUGCCAUGCAGUUAUUCCCCACCCACUCCCAACUUCCGCUCCAAACCACCCCAGCCUCCAGCACUGCGCCGCUAAGACCCCGGACUUGGGAGGAAAUGAAAGCCAGGGCUUUGACAGCCAGGGGAGUGUUCUUGCUCUUUUGCCUAAGGGCCGUUAAAAGAGAGAUGGGAUUCUUGUUUUAAAGUCAGUCAUAAGGGCAGAGUCCGACAGAGCCUCGCCCCUCAUCUUGGCUGCUUUGAGAAAGGAGGGAAACUCUCCUGCGGUGUCCAGAACCCGACCCAGGACGCGGGGCGCGGGGCGGGGACUCCAACUCGCGCGCUACGCAACUCUAGUCUCUGGCCCUGCUAGUGGCCAUCCGGGUGGGGAUGGGAGGGUGGAAGGAGGCGGAUUAAUCCCUUAAUUACGCCGUGAUCGGCGUGGCACCUGCUUUCCGCCCGCCCAGCUCCCGGGGGACCCCGGCACUGGGGGGUGGAGAGAAGGACGAGGGAAGGAGGAGGGCACGCGGAGGCACGCACCGUACCCAAGCGCGCCGGCAGGAGAGCGGCACCGUGGCUGGGGCAGUGCGCAGAGGCUGUGGAGGGGCUUACGGCUCCCGGCCCGCGGGUCUCAGACCCAGGGGCUGGGCCCCGAGCCCCCCGCCCCGGUCCCAGUUGGGUCGCGCCAUGCUGCGCUACCUGCUCAAAACACUGCUGCAGAUGAACUUGUUCGCGGACUCCCUGGCGGGGGACAUUUCCAACUCCAGUGACCUGCUCUUCGGCUUCAACUCCUCGGUAGCGGCGCUCAACCACAGCCUGCUGCCCCCCGGCGAUCCCUCUUUCAACGCGUCAAGGGUCGAGCCGGAGGACGCGAUGCCGCGCAUCGUGGAGCAGCCGCCUGAUCUGUUGGUCUCCAGAGGCGAGCCGGCCACUCUGCCCUGUCGCGCGGAGGGCCGGCCCCGGCCCAACAUCGAGUGGUACAAGAAUGGGGCGCGAGUGGCCACUGCGCGCGAGGACCCGCGCGCGCACCGCCUGCUGCUGCCCAGCGGGGCACUCUUCUUCCCGCGCAUCGUUCACGGGCGCCGCGCGCGGCCCGACGAAGGUGUCUACACUUGCGUGGCGCGCAACUACCUGGGGGCAGCGGCUAGUAGAAAUGCCUCGCUAGAAGUGGCAGUCCUCCGUGAUGAUUUCCGGCAGUCUCCUGGGAACGUGGUGGUGGCAGUGGGGGAGCCAGCGGUAAUGGAAUGCGUGCCCCCCCGUGGCCACCCGGAGCCUUCCGUGUCUUGGAAGAAGGACAGUGCAAGACUCAAGGAGGAGGAGGGAAGGAUCACGAUUCGUGGAGGGAAGCUGAUGAUGUCACAUACACUCAAGAGUGAUGCAGGGAUGUAUGUGUGUGUGGCCUCCAACAUGGCAGGAGAACGGGAGAGUGGGGCAGCCGAACUUGUGGUCCUGGAGCGACCCUCAUUCCUGCGUAGACCUGUGAAUCAGGUGGUCCUGGCAGAUGCCCCCGUGGAUUUCCCAUGUGAGGUGCAAGGAGAUCCGCCACCUCGUCUAAGAUGGCGCAAGGAAGAUGGGGAACUACCCACAGGCAGGUAUGAGAUCCGGAGUGACCACAGCCUUUGGAUCGGGCGUGUGAGUGCGGACGAUGAGGGGACGUACACCUGUGUGGCUGAGAACAGCGUGGGCCGUGCCGAAGCAUCUGGCUCCCUCAGUGUUCACGUCCCUCCCCAGCUGGUCACCCAGCCCCAGGACCAGAUGGCAGCUCCUGGAGAGAGCGUGGCUUUCCAAUGCGAGACCAAAGGAAACCCCCCACCUGCCAUCUUCUGGCAGAAGGAGGGAAGUCAAGUCCUGCUUUUCCCCAGUCAGCCACUUCAGCCCAAGGGGCGCUUCUCAGUCUCUCCCAGAGGCCAGCUCAACAUUACUGAUGUGCAGAGUGGGGACGCUGGCUACUAUGUGUGUCAGGCUGUUAGUGUGGCUGGCAGCAUCCUGGCCAAGGCCCUGUUGGAGGUAAAAGCAGCCUCCUCCUUGGACGGGCUGCCUCCCAUCAUCCUCCAGGGACCAGCCAAUCAGACGCUGGCACUUGGCUCCUCUGUGUGGCUGCCAUGCAGAGUGACUGGGAACCCUCAACCUAGCAUCCAGUGGAAGAAGGACGGGCAGUGGCUGCAGGGGGACGACGUGCAACUCAAUCUAAUGGCCAACGGUACCCUGUACAUCGCCAGGGUGCAGGAGAUGGACAUGGGUUUCUACAGCUGUGUGGCCAAGAGUUCCACAGGGGAGGCCACAUGGAGUAGCUGGCUUAGGAGGCGGGAUUAUCGCCUCACUGCAGAGGACUGGGGAGUUUCAUCAGAGCCCCCUACGGAGCCCAGUACCCCUCCAGGGCCUCCCUCUCAGCCACUGGUCACUGAGAUCACCAAGAACAGCAUUACCCUGACCUGGAAGCCCAACCCGCAGGCGGGGGCCACAGUCACCUCUUACGUGAUAGAGGCCUUCAGCCAAGCAGCUGGCAACACGUGGCGGACAGUGGCAGAUGGCGUGCAGCUGGAGACACACACUGUCAGCGGUCUGCAGCCCAACACCAUCUAUCUGUUCCUGGUACGAGCUGUGGGAGCCUGGGGCCUCAGUGAGCCCAGCCCUGUCUCUGAGCCUGUCCGCACCCGGGACAGCAACCCAUCCAGGCCAGUGGAGGACCCAUGGAGAGGCCAGAGGGGACUGGCUGAAGUGGCCGUGCGUAUGCAGGAGCCCAUAGUCCUUGGGCCCCGGACCUUGCAGGUGUCCUGGACUGUAGAUGGCCCAGUCCAGCUGGUGCAAGGUUUCCGAGUGUCUUGGAAGGUAGCAGGCCCUGAUGGGGGACACUGGACAGUACUGGACCUACAGUCCCCAAGCCAGCAAAGUACUGUGCUAAGAGGACUCCCCCCAGGGACCCAAAUUCAGGUCAAGGUGCAAGCCCAAGGCCAGGAGGGGCUGGGGCCUGAAAGUCCCUUCAUGACCAGAAGCAUUCCUGAGGAGGCCCCCAGUGGUCCCCCCCAGGGAGUGACAGUAGCCCUGGGGGGUGAAGGCAACAGCAGUGUCACAGUGUCCUGGGAACCUCCACUCCCUUCCCAGCAAAAUGGGAUCAUCAAGGAAUACCAGAUAUGGUGCCUGGGCAAUGAGAGUCGCUUCCACCUCAACCGGUCUGCGGCAGGCUGGGCACGCUCCGCGGUGCUCCGGGGACUGCUGCCCGGUGUUCUCUACCGGACCCAGGUCGCGGCGGCCACCAGCGUGGGCGUGGGCGUGGCCAGUGCCCCGGUGUCAGUGCAACUGCCUUCCCCGCCGGGAUUGGAGCCUGGGCUUGAGGUGGGCCCGGGGCUGGCGGAGCGGCUGGCGAGGGUGCUGCGGGAGCCUGCCUUCCUCGCGGGCAGCGGCGCCGCGUGCGGGGCGCUGCUCCUCGGGCUCUGCGGCGUCCUCUACCGGCGCCGGAGGCAGCGCAAGGAGCUCAGUCACUACACGGCCUCCUUUGCCUACACACCUGCAGGUAAGAUAUCUCUGCUCCAGUGGGGUUCAGACCCCAAGUACGGGCCCUUCUCUCACUCAGUGUCCCCCUCAUCUUCCCCAGUGUCCUUCCCACACUCAGAGGGCCUCUCUGGAGCCAGUUCCAGGCCACCCGUGGGCCUUGGCCCCGCCCCCUACCCAUGGCUAGCAGACUCGUGGCCCCACCCAUCAUCUCGAAGCCCCUCAGCCCCGGAGCCCAGGGGAAGCUGCUGCCCCAGCAAUCCUGACCCAGAUGACAGAUAUUACAAUGAAGCAGGAAUCUCCCUGUACCUGGCUCAGACGGCCCGGGGUCCUGCCGCCCCGACUGAGGGUCCUGUCUACAGCACCAUUGACCCAGCUGGGGAGGAGCUGCAGACCUUCCACGGGGGAUUCCCCCCAAAUCCCUCAGGGGAUCCAGGCACCUGGAGCCAGUACGCUCCUCCAGAAUGGAGCCAGGGGAACUGUGGAGCCAGGGGAGGCAAAGUAAAGCUUCUGGGAAAACCUGUGCAGAUGCCCUCUCUCAACUGGCCAGAAGCCCUGCCACCACCUCCCCCUUCCUGUGAACUGAGCUGCCUCGAGGGGCCUGAAGAGGAGCUGGAGGGCGGCUCAGAGCCAGAAGAGUGGUGUCCACCAAUGCCUGAGAGGAGCCACCAGGCAGAGCCCAGCUCCAGUGGAGGGUGCUUGGUCCCUCCGUCCCAAGGGGAAGCCCCCUCUCCCACAUCUUCCUAUGGACAGCAGUCCACAGCCACUCUUACCCCCUCACCUCCUGACCCUCCCCAGCCCCCCACUGACAUCCCCCAUCUCCACCAGAUGCCCAGGAGGGUGCCCCUUGGUCCAAGUUCCCCUCUCAGUGUAUCCCAGCCCACUCUGAGUAGCCAUGAAGGGAGGCCUGCUGGCCUGGGUGCUGGACCCACAGCCUCCCAUCACCUCAGCCCCAGCCCUGUCCCUAGUACAGCCAGCAGUGCCCCAGGGAGAACCCGGCAGGUCCCUGGGGAGAUGACUCCUCCACUUCAAGCGCCCCGUGCCCGAAUCCGGAAACCCAAGGCUGUUCCCUACCGACGGGAGCACAGUCCUGGGGGUGAGGGUGCCAGGGGCCUGAGAGAUGGUGAAAGGAGGGGGAACAGGCAGGAAACCAAGGACUUGCCCCCGCCGCCCUUGCCGCCACCAGAGGAAGAGGCAAGCUGGGCCGUAGGGCUGAGGGCAGCAGGCAGCAUGUCCUCCUUGGAACGGGAACGGGAGCGCAGUGGAGAGAGGAGAAUGGUGCAGGCCGGGCCCUUGGGGGCCCAGCGGGGUCCCCACCUGGAUGAAGAGGCCUGGCUCCCUUACAGCCGACCCAGCUUCCUGUCCCGGGGCCAGGGCACCAGCACCUGUUCCACAGCUGGCAGCAACUCCUCCAGAGGCUCCAGCAGCUCUCGAGGCUCCCGGGGCCCUGGACGGAGCCGGAGCCGGAGCCGGAGCCAAAGACCAGGACGGAAACGCGGAGAGGUGGGGGCUGGGGAACCAAGAUGACCCUGGAUGAGGAUAUCAGGAGUUCCACGGGGAAGGGCUUGUCCCUGGGCUGGGAGCCUUGGAUGGGAGCCCCUCCCCCUGGUAAAUGGGUGUGAGCAGAGAGGAGCAGGGGGGGCCCUCUUCCCUCCCAGCAAUGAUGCUUAAAAGCCAGAGAGCCAGCUCUUCCUACCUGAAACUUUCCACCUCUUUCUACCUGAAACUCAUGUGUAAAAGGGACAAAUAAAAAGAGUCUGUUCAGA